UCUGGUCUUUCAGUUUCUCUGUGACAAGCCACUUUAUUUAUAGAGUUUGGCAGGUCAAACUAUUCUGCGCAUAGAAAACAAAAAUCAGUGUGUCGCGAUAGAAACAUAAACUCUAACAAUUGUAUACGAGUCAGAAGUAAUAGAAAGGAAAAUUAUUUUAGUGCAAUUCGAAAGCGAGAGUCCUCGCUUUUAUUAUCUUAUUUGCGUCAUGGUAGCUAUGAAAAUGUCAGCUCUGUGGUGAUUCAUUCGUUCAUUACUUGGCUUUUCAUCUGUUUUUUAGUAGCACAUUCUGCUAAUUGAGUAGGAUGAUGGAAGAACCAUUGAGUCAAGGUGCUUCACCAUCUGGUGACAGUAACUUUUCUGGCAGUGAGGAUAUAAACUCAGCUACUAUUGUGAGUUUAGACGAAAGAAUAUUGGACAUUAGUUCACGACAUUCUUUAAAUGUUCUUCGACCACCGUCAACUAAAAAAGCAAAAAGAGUGAGGUUUUACAGAAAUGGAGACAAGUUUUAUACCGGUAUUGUGAUGGCUGUGACUGCAGAAAGAUAUCGCAGUUUUGAUAGUUUAACUUCAGAUUUAACAAGAGCUUUAAUAUCCAGUGUUACUUUACCUAAUGGAGUUAGAGCAAUUUAUACUAUGGAUGGAAAGAAGGUUCAAAGUAUUAGUGAUUUGGAAGAUGGUAAAUGCUAUGUUGUUUCUGGACAAGGAGAAAUGUUUAAGAAAGUCGAAUAUUCAUCUACAAAAGUAAGAAGAGGCAGUUCAUUAUCUGGAUUGCCUCAAUUUCCAGCUAGUACUGGUAGACAAAUAAGUGCAAUACCUUUAUGUGUAAAAGCUAAAAUAAUUACUUUAAUUCGUCAUGGUACAAAACCUCGUAAAGUUGUACGGCUUUUAUUGAAUAAAAGAAAUGCGCCAAAUUUAGAACAUGCAAUGGAAGCAAUUACAGAGGCAGUUAAAUUAGAUUCUGGAGCAGUAAGAAAAGUUUAUACCCGCUCAGGGCAACAGGUUACCUGUUUGGAACAGUUUUUUGAAGAUGAUGACAUCUUUAUUGCUUAUGGAUCUGAGAAAUCAAGUCAAGAAGACUUUGAAUUAGAUUUUGAAGAAGUUAAAAGUAUUCAGAGUUUUAAAAGAUGUCCAUGGAUAUCGAAAAGGCAAAGUGGUCCAAUGCCAAAAAUGCCACGUAAAUCUGGAAAGAAAGUGCUUACUACACCGCAUCUAGUGCGAACACCUAGCCCUUCAUCUUUAAUGUUGCCUCAACCAUUACGUUUACAUUAUACAGUUGGUCGUGUAAUUGGAGAUGGCAACUUUGCUGUUGUCAGACAUUGCAUUCAUAAAUCUACAGGUGAGGAAUAUGCAAUGAAAAUUGUAGAUAAGUACAAAUGUCAAGGUAAAGAAACAAUGUUAGCAAGUGAAGUGGCAAUUUUGCGACAAGUUUGUCAUCCAAACAUUAUUAGUUUGGUUGCUGAACAAGAGACCACUGAUCAACUGUUCUUAGUUAUGGAACUUGUAAAAGGUGGAGAUUUGUUUGAUGCAAUUGCUGCAGCAACAAAAUUCUCAGAAGCAGAAGCUAGUGUAAUGAUUGGGCAUUUAACAUCUGCAUUAGCUUAUCUGCACUCACACCAUAUUGUACAUCGUGAUGUUAAACCUGAAAAUCUUUUGGUGGAAAUGGAUGGAAAUCAUGUUAGGUGUUUAAAAUUAGGUGAUUUCGGACUUGCUCAAAUUGUAAGGGAACCUUUGUACACAGUUUGUGGCACGCCUACAUAUGUAGCACCAGAGAUUCUGGCAGAAACUGGAUAUGGUUUAAAAAUCGAUGUGUGGGCAGCUGGUGUGAUACUGUAUAUUUUACUUUGUGGUUUCCCACCAUUUGUUUCGCCCGAAAAUGAGCAAGAAGAAUUAUUUGAACGUAUUUUAAGUGGCCAGUAUGAAUUCACACCUCCAUACUGGGAUAGUGUGUCGGAUUCGGCUAAACAAUUGAUCUCAAACAUGCUUCAAGCACAACCAGAACUGAGAUUCAGUGCAGAAGAUGUACUUGAUCAUCCGUGGCUCGCGAGCUUUCUAGGAGGCGAGCAGACCACAGCAACAACACCUACCAACCCGCCGGAGCAAUACUGGAAUCAGCAGCGUAAGCCGAUAAGAUUAGCAACAUUCGAGUUUGACUUCAAGAAUUCAGUUGAGAGUAGCAGUUCACAGGAUGAAGUUGAUAGUGUCCCUGAUAGCAAAUCAAGUAUUAGAAACAAAUGGAUCGAAGUUUUAUCAACAAUAGAAUCAAAUAACAUUGAUUUGUUCCAUAAUGCAGACCAGGACGAAGAAAAAUUAAGUUACGAUGAAAAUGACUUUAAUAAUGGAAAUCCUGGAGACGAUGAACCUGUGUCUCUUAGUGCAGAUUGUUUACAAGAUAUUCAAGAUCUUAGUCACUCUAUGAACAAUCUUAUAAAUAAUUUGAAUGAUGGCCAAGUUCAUCAGCAUGGUUUAAAAUCGUCGCAUAGUAAAGCCUCGUCUUCAAACAGUAUUCAUGAAAAUGUUAAUUUAUCAGUACAGAUGGAUAAUUCAGUGUUAAUAAGUAGUUUUGAGAAUGUUCCUUCAAUUAACCUUAAUAAAUGCGAAAACAAUCCAGCCGAAGAGAAUGCAUCCUUCGAAAGGAGAGAUGAAAAUUUCUCUAGUGACGUUAAUUGUACUACACCUAUUAGUUCACAUGUAUCAAAUAAUAGCAAUAUAAAUGUGUUUAAAACACCCACAUCUGUUCGUUCUGGGAUAAAUAAAUCGAAGUAUAGAAGAAAACAUCUUUAUCAAAGUGCAAUGGUUUCGGAGAAAAUUACUUCGAAAUUUGAAAAUGACGAUAUGAAAAAUUGUAAUACCAUGUUCUCCUCAACUGAUAGUUUAACUGGCAGUUCAAGUAAUGACAUUGAAACGUCAGACAGUUUUGUAAAUAUUCAAUUUGCACAGUUAACACAAGAUCAAAGAUCGAGUUCCACGCAAAGCAUGGAGUCAACGGAUAGUUUUGAGAACGUUUGCUUUUCUUAUAAUCAAGAACUCAAAACUUCAAACGUGUGCGAUCCAAAUGAAAAUGGUUGUACAACCGAAAUAUUGAAAUUAAACUGCGUAAAAAGUUCUCCUUUAACAAACCAAGAAAAAUCGGCGACAAAAAUAUUGCAAACUCCAACCAUGUUGAAAGUAAAUGCAUCAAAACCUUCCAAAAUACAUGUUUUAAGCAACAGAAAAAGUUGCGUCAGAACAGGAGACGAAUCCAAAUGUACGAAGAACGAAACCGUAAAAUUCAGGCGAGAAAAAUGCACACCAAAAAUUGAUGCAGAUGUUAAGACAGUAGUAAGAAAUAAAAGAUUUAGUUGUUUUUCAACGUGCUCUGCAAAAAAGGAUUCUGAAUCUGUUUUAGUAGGUGAUAAGUCAGUUUCUGUCACUCCAAGAGUAGGCAGAAAAUUCAGUUCCACCGAUGAAUUGCGGGACGAAAAGCAGAAACAAAGCACAAAAUCAAAAAGAUUCAGUUUAUAUUACACUCCGCAACCUUUAAGAAAGAAUUACGAAGGUGAAACAAAGAUCGGGAAGAAUACGUGUAAAACUGAUCAACAGAGUAAUGGAAAAUCAGCGGACACAAGUAGAAGGAAAGAUGAUGUUUCGGAAUCAGAUGAAAAGAAAAAUGUAAAAAAUCGCCGGUCAAUUGUAGAUAAUACAACAGCUGCCAGUAGAAGCAGAACAAGUAAGCAGAGUGUUCAUAUCAGAUCUGAAAUUGUAAAUUCGACUCUAACGCCUGGUAGAACAAAAUAAAUAUAAGUAGAUAUAUUUAUACAUUGAAAAUGACCGACGUGGGAUUAACCUGCAACAAAAAUCCAAAGUUGUAUUAAUUAUUUUAAUCUAAGUGCAAAGUUGUUUAACCAAGGAAGUGAUGUCAUUUGUUCCCAGAUUUUUGAAGGCUUUGAUGCUAAUCAAUAAUUCAAAUUAGGACAAGUGGGACUCACACAUAAACGAAACAUGCCAAAUGCAUUUAAGUAGUUUAUUUUAUACUUGAUAUUCUAUCAUUGUACGUAGUACAAGUCUCGAAUUAAAUUAGAUGGUAGAGAUUGCUUCGUUUUCACCGAGACGCAAGUGAAUAGCAAGUCGCAAUUGUAGGUACGAGAUAAGAAACUGUAUUAAUGAUGCCAGAGGUCCUUGUGGCAAGUGACAGAGGGCGACAGUGCGAACGAUUAUAUGUAUUUGCUUAACUUGUUGCAUAUAUGCUUGCUCAAGAAAAAUUCGACUAAUGCAAGAUUAAAUAUUUUUGUAAAAUAUUGACGGCGGUAAUGUAAGAGCAAUAAAAUGAUAACGAUGGUGAUGGUAAUUAUUAGACGAGAGAACUUUUAGGGAACGUAAUGAAUUGGCGAGCGAAGAAUUUAAUACAUAAACGCUUUUCAUAUUUUUGUAGAAAUUGCGUAGAUAUUGUACACUUCUUGCGCGUCUUUCUCCCUUUGUCGCUUGAACGUACUUUCAUGGUUACCCCGCUAUAAUUUCCAUAUUUUUUAAUGCGAUUAUUACUAUUUACUAUAACUGUGUACAUAUAUAUAUACAUAUAUAUACAUAGAUAUAUAUAAGAGAUUCGUAAAAUAUUAUUUAUCAUCGCUGAACAUUUUCGUAACUCGUAAUUUACACGUGAAACGUUAAUUUAUCAUGAAACUUUUACACUAGAUUGAGGUCGUAUAUAAAAAUAAAUCAUGAUUAUACUUUUUCUAUCGUAAGCACAAUUAAUUUGUAAAUGUAUACAUGAUAUUACUAUAAGUUAUAGAAAUUUUAAAAGUGAUUUACGCCAAAUAUUGAAAACUAUUUACUAUUUAUAUUAUUAUAUACCUGUACAUGUAUUUACAUAUACCGUACAUCCUACAUUCAUAUUCGUUGCUAUUUCCUUCUAUUUCACUUAUCUUUCAACUGUCUUCGAUGUAAGCGUGUCGAUAUAUUCGACCCGACUAAAAAUUGUACUCGCUUUAUUUCUGUCAAAAAAUUCAGUAAAACAGAAAUACGAAGCUCUUAAGAAAUCUUGAUUUGCCCUAAUGGACACUUCAGACAAUCGAUAUGUACAUACAUAUUGUCAAUAUUAAUGAAAAAAAAUAAUUUUCUUUGUGCAUAAAAUAUCAGUUUUUAUAACAUGUCAAUGUUUGUCCUCAAUACUGUCGAAAUUAGAGAAAUAUAAUAUACAAUUGUUUAAAAAUCUGAAAUAUUGAGAAUAUUUGUACAUUGACUGUUUGAGGUAUCCAUAAAAUAUAUGCUAUAAAUCUUCCAUUGAACAAUGUAAACACAAAUUCCUACGGUACAUUAAAUUCAACACAAUUGGAAAAGUAUUAAACGUGCAAGUUAUAUUAAACAAUUUCGAAAUAAACUAUUGAGAAUUAUUUAA